UGGAAAAAAAAAGCAUUACUGAGCAACCAAGUCACAGCAGUAAGUUUUGCCGCGCUCUAACUGAAAGGCUUGGGUACGAGACAGCUACGAGAACAACCUCCUCCUCCUAAUCAUCCUCCUCCUCCACCACCUCUCCUUUAAUGCCCCUUCUCCAAAUGGCAGUGUCGACAAUUCGGCAAAAAAAUGUGAGGAAGCACAAAACUACCAUGAAUGACGAAAGAUUUCAGCUUGCUUUCAUCACUAAUCGUAUAUACAAUGGUUCAUUAAAAGGCGAAUAAAGAGGCAGGUACGUUAUUUGCGCACGCGUGCUUCCAACAGACUUACAGGUCCAUAAUGAAAUAUUAAUUACUGAACACUUUUUGAUAGACGUGAUCUUUACGCGUGGUGAGGUAGGCCGAUCAGCAGUGAAGUCGAGAGAAUACAUCAUGGGGAAUACUCUAACUAGAUUGUUCAAACGCUUGUUCGGUAAAGAAGAGGUGCGGAUUUUGAUGGUCGGCUUAGACGCGGCGGGAAAAACGACAAUUCUAUACCAGUUAAAACUGGAGGAACCCGUCACCACUAUUCCAACUAUAGGAUUUAACGUCGAAACGGUCGAAUACAAAAAUAUCAGUUUUACUGUAUGGGACAUAGGCGGACAGGACAAAAUCCGUGUUUUAUGGCGGCUUUAUUAUCAAGAAACCCAAGGACUUAUUUUCGUUGUGGACAGUAGCGAUAGAAAUCGCGUUGCAGAAGCGAAAAACGAGUUGUUUCGACUUCUAGCCGAGGAUGAACUUCAGGAAGCUGUUCUUUUGAUCUUUGCAAAUAAACAAGAUCUACCAAACGCCAUGUCUACCGCCGAGCUGAGCGAGAAGUUAGGGCUGCACAGUUUAAAGGGAAGAAGCUGGUUUAUUCAGGCAACGUGCGCGCUGAAAGGCAAAGGACUUUACGAGGGUUUGGAAUGGCUUUCUCAACAGAUUCGAGAACAACAGAUCAAAUUUACAUGGUACGUUAUUUGCGCACGCGUGCUUCCAACAGACUUACAGGUCCAUAAUGAAAUAUUAAUUACUGAACACUUUUUGAUAGACGUGAUCUUUACGCGUGGUGAGGUAGGCCGAUCAGCAGUGAAGUCGAGAGAAUACAUCAUGGGGAAUACUCUAACUAGAUUGUUCAAACGCUUGUUCGGUAAAGAAGAGGUGCGGAUUUUGAUGGUCGGCUUAGACGCGGCGGGAAAAACGACAAUUCUAUACCAGUUAAAACUGGAGGAACCCGUCACCACUAUUCCAACUAUAGGAUUUAACGUCGAAACGGUCGAAUACAAAAAUAUCAGUUUUACUGUAUGGGACAUAGGCGGACAGGACAAAAUCCGUGUUUUAUGGCGGCUUUAUUAUCAAGAAACCCAAGGACUUAUUUUCGUUGUGGACAGUAGCGAUAGAAAUCGCGUUGCAGAAGCGAAAAACGAGUUGUUUCGACUUCUAGCCGAGGAUGAACUUCAGGAAGCUGUUCUUUUGAUCUUUGCAAAUAAACAAGAUCUACCAAACGCCAUGUCUACCGCCGAGCUGAGCGAGAAGUUAGGGCUGCACAGUUUAAAGGGAAGAAGCUGGUUUAUUCAGGCAACGUGCGCGCUGAAAGGCAAAGGACUUUACGAGGGUUUGGAAUGGCUUUCUCAACAGAUUCGAGAACAACAGAUCAAAUUUACAUGAAACCGUGGUUAACAAGUUGCUUCAGUCAAUGGGAACCCGGUCUUCACCUCAACGCUACGUACAGGGGAGAAAUCAGAAGGAAAAGAUCUCGGUUCAUCUGAAAAUCAGGGCAUUCAAUACGUCGGACGGGACUCAGGAAAAAAUAUAGAAGAGGGAACGUGAAAAACCCAAAAAAAACGAGACAACUUUACCGCACAAUUAAACUGCCAACGUACAAUGACACAAUGUAUUGAUUGAUAGUUUGUUAUUUACGCUUUGCCAACUUGAA